UGACUACUGCCAAAUCAGCUAGGAUUGGUCCUUCUGUUAGAAAAUUUUGUAAAAAUCUGUUUUAUUUUGUAUUCCUGAAUGAGUUUGGGUUGAUAUAGUCGGAAAUUGCUAGUGUAUCUAGCUUAUAAUCGUCAUAUGCUAUCUUGAACAGUGAUAUGGCGACCUAUGAGGAGUUUAUUCAACAGAAUGAGGAUAGGGAUGGCAUAAGGUUUACGUGGAAUGUAUGGCCAUCGAGUAGAAUCGAAACGACGAGGCUCGUUGUGCCCUUAGUUGCUCUUUAUCAACCUUUAAAGGAACGGCCAGAUUUACCACCAAUUGAGUACGAACCCGUACUAUGCACACGUAGUACAUGUCGUGCAGUGUUAAAUCCCAUGUGCCAGGUUGACUAUAGAGCCAAGUUAUGGGUAUGCAACUUCUGCUUCCAAAGAAAUCCAUUCCCUCCGCAAUAUGCAGCCAUUUCAGAGCAACAUCAGCCGGCUGAGUUGGUUCCUCAUUUUUCAACAAUAGAGUACACUAUAACAAGAGCUCAGAGCAUGCCUCCAAUUUUCCUCUUGGUUGUGGAUACAUGCCUCGAUGAAGAGGAAUUAGGAGCUCUCAAGGAUUCCCUCCAAACUUCACUCAGUUUAAUGCCGCAGAACGCACUUGUUGGACUUAUUACCUUUGGUCGGAUGGUACAAAUCCAUGAACUAGGUACAGAAGGCAUUUACAAAUGCUUUGUAUUCAAAGGAACAAAAGAUUUGUCAGCAAAACAAAUUCAGGAGCAGCUGGCUAUUGGUCGUGUUAACGCACCAAAUCCCCAACAACGAACGGGUGCACCGAUGCCACAACCACCGGCUCAUCGUUUCUUGCAGCCAGUGAAACAAUGUGACAUGGCUCUGACAGACUUGCUUAGUGAACUUGGUCGAGAUCCUUGGCCUCUAGGUGUGGGCAAAAGACCUUUAAGGAGCAGUGGAGUUGCACUUUCAUUAGCCGUAGGAUUGUUAGAAGUCACCUAUCCCAAUACCGGAGCAAGAAUUAUGAUGUUCCUCGGUGGACCUUGUUCUCAGGGUCCAGGUCAAGUAGUAAAUGAUGAACUAAAACAGCCUAUUAGGUCUCAUCAUGACAUUCACAAAGAUAAUGCAAAGUAUAUGAAGAAGGCCAUCAAACACUAUGAAGCCUUGUCCUUGAGGGCAGCCACUAAUGGACAUGCAAUAGAUAUAUACUCGUGUGCUCUGGAUCAAACUGGUUUAAUGGAGAUGAAGCAAUGUUGUAAUUCGACUGGAGGACACAUGGUAAUGGGAGACUCUUUUAACUCCUCACUGUUCAAGCAAACUUUCCAAAGAGUCUUUGCUAAGGAUCAGAAAGGUGACUACAAAAUGGCAUUCAAUGGAACCUUGGAAGUCAAGUGCAGUCGGGAACUUAAAAUUAGUGGUGCAAUUGGAUCCUGCGUGUCACUGAAUGUGAAAGGCCCGUGUGUGUCUGAUCAAGAAGUCGGAAUGGGCAACACUUGCCAGUGGAAGAUGUGCACUUUCACUCCAAGUACAACUAUGGCUAUAUUCUUUGAGGUCGUAAACCAGCAUGCCACUCCGGUGCCUCAAGGCGGGAGAGGAUGUGUUCAACUAAUUACACAGUACCAGCAUUCAAGUGGAAAACGUCGUGUUCGAGUUACUACUGCCGCUAGAAACUGGGGCGACGCGGCCGCGAAUCUGCACCACAUCUCGGCAGGCUUCGACCAGGAGGCGGCGGCCGUGGUGAUGGCGCGCCUCGUGGUGUACCGCGCCGAGCAGGAGGACGGGCCCGACGUGCUGCGCUGGCUCGACCGCAUGCUCAUCCGACUGUGUCAAAAGUUCGGCGAGUACGCGAAGGACGAUCCGAACAGCUUCAGACUAUCAGAGAACUUCAGCUUAUACCCGCAAUUUAUGUAUCAUCUCCGGCGUUCGCAAUUCCUACAAGUCUUUAACAACUCGCCUGACGAAACUACGUUCUAUCGGCAUAUGCUGAUGCGUGAAGACUUAACGCAGUCGUUGAUUAUGAUUCAGCCUAUACUGUAUUCGUAUAGUUUUGGAGGUCCACCAGAGCCGGUGCUACUUGACACGUCGUCAAUACAACCGGACCGAAUCUUGCUUAUGGACACGUUCUUCCAAAUACUUAUAUACCACGGCGAGACGAUAGCGCAGUGGCGCGCGCUGCGCUACCAGGACAUGGCGGAGUACGAGAGCUUCGCGCAGCUGCUGCGGGCGCCCGUGGACGACGCGCAGGAGAUCCUGCAGAGCCGCUUCCCCGUGCCGCGCUACAUCGACACCGAGCACGGCGGCUCGCAGGCAAGAUUCUUACUUUCAAAGGUGAACCCAUCGCAGACUCACAACAACAUGUACGCGUACGGCGGGGAUGGAGGUGCCCCCGUGCUGACAGAUGACGUCUCGCUUCAAGUGUUCAUGGAGCAUUUGAAGAAAUUGGCGGUCUCGUCAACAGCUUAACACCUUAAUAACGUUAUAUGUAUUUGAAAACCUUCCGAUGUAAUCAGUAUAUUAAAUAAAUUAUAUUCCUGA